CUGCAGUUAACAGUGGUAGUUCGGAACGUCCCUGAGCGCGGAGUAGAGGAGAGUACACGGCGAUACAGUCUUUGGGAGGAGAUAGUGCUUAUUUUUCCCCUCUCUCAGCUUUAACAACAAAUUAAAUCCGAUUUUGGUUCAGAGGGUCGUCUAACUACAGCAAUCGAAACGUGGGAGGAACAAAGGAUUUGAUCUGCAAGUUUUUCUUUGGCAUUUGUUUUCUUUUCAUAAAACAGGAUUCUGUUGGAGGCUCGCUCGCACUCUAGACGCAAAGAUGAUGGUUGGAGAGAUCGAGGUGAAGGAGAGACCGAGGCCGAGUCCCGACUAUUUGAUGCAAUUGUUAAACGAAAAGAAGCUGAUGACCAGUUUGCCAAAUCUGUGCGGUAUCUUUACACACCUUGACAGGCUUCUCGAUGAAGAGAUCAACAGAGUGAGGAAAGACAUGUACAACGACACAGCCAACGGACCUGUAGACAAACACCCUCUGGAAUUACCAGAGGCCCUGGGGCCAAUCAUUCAUCUGCAGGAGAAGCUCUUUGUGCCUCUAAAAGAGUACCCUGACUAUAACUUCGUGGGCAGAAUCCUGGGGCCUCGUGGACUCACCGCCAAGCAGCUGGAAGCAGAAACUGGAUGUAAAAUCAUGGUGCGAGGCAAGAGCUCCAUGAGGGACAGAAAGAAGGAGGAGCAGAACAGAGGCAAGCCCAACUGGGAACAUCUGAACGAGGAACUGCACGUCCUGAUCACGGUGGAGGACACACAGAAGCGCUCUGAGAUCAAGAUGAAAAGAGCCUUAGAGGAGGUCAAGAAGCUCCUGGUGCCCGCGGCGGAAGGAGAGGAUAACCUGAAGAAGAUGCAGCUGAUGGAGCUGGCCAUUCUCAACGGGACGUACCGAGACACCAACAUCAAGACACACCCCCUUGCGUUCUCUCUUGCAGCGGCGGCCGCCGCCGCUCAGGGCCCCCGUCUAAUGCAGGCCCCCCAGGGGCAGUUGAUGGCCCCCCAUCAGCAGAUGAGGCCCCCCACACCGGCAGGGCCCCCCAUCAUGAACAUCAUCCGACAACCCCAAAUGCAGGGCAUGUUACCCAAUGGUACCCCAACCCUGGUGCCUCCCUCGCCGGAAGGCGGCAUCCUCUACGCCUCCCCGUACGACUACCCGUACGCCCUGGCACCCACCUCCCUACUGGAGUACCCCAUGGACCACAAUGGGGUUCUAGGUAAGCGACCCUGGGGCCUGGGCGGCGGUCCCUUUAGCCCCGGACAGGAGGGCAGCUUGUUUUACCCUGGGUUUUUGGACGCGGCUUCGAUGAGCCACGGUCAAGACUUGUUGAAAGGUGCAAUGGCUACUAAAAUGAGACGACAUGACUCGCGCGUCCAUCCUUACCAAAGGAUUGUGACCGCAGACAGAGCCGCCACCGGCAACUAACACAUGACCUUCUGACCUCUGAACUCUUCACCCAAUGACGAGCCGCCCCAAGCCUGCCUGCUGAUCAGUUAACUGGUAAUUGCCUUUUGCUAGCCUCUCGGGACGCAGUGAGAAAGAGGCGCCUGCCCUUAGUUACCCUAACAUGUUUUUGAUUUAAAAAAAAAACAUUUAAAAUAAAAAAUAAAAAAAAGAUAUACAUCAUAAACUCAUUGAAACACAUCAAACCCAAGUUAUUAUUUGAUUGAUUUCUGUUCAUUGAGUUGAAUUCCCAUUCUCUCUCUUUCUUUUUCUUCAUGAAUCACAAACUGGAGGGAUGUGUGUGUUACUAAUGAAUCUGCACUGAAUUUAAWAUAUAUAUAUAUAUAAUCUCAAUAAAGAUCCCAUCCUCCCUGUCGACCGCCCCAUACCUGCUCUGAUUCGGUGACCUCACUAAUAAUUACUGAACAAUGGUAAACGGGAACUGAACCCAAACYGUAGGCCCCCAGUCCCUCUUUCCCUCCCCAUUCCACACUUCCUUGUGGGUCAUUUGAAAGAAAAGGAAAUAGAAGGAAAGAGAAACUACACUCACACCAACUUGUUGAUUCUCUGUCAUUUUCAUAUGUAAUCGUGCAUUAUGAACCUCUGAGACGAUAAUGUGCUGACACAUUCUGGGUGUGCCCUCCACGGCUGUCUGUUAAAAGCAUGGCUAAAUUGACUGCAAAUGGAGCUUAUAAUUCGUUUUUAUGUUAUGUUUUUCUUUGGUUUUACUUGAUUUUUCUGUUUUCUCGUUAAUUCAUUCUAAUGAGCUCUUUUUGUGAAGGACUAGCCAGACAAAGCAGGUUGUAAGAACUUAAAAGGUAGCUUUUGAAGUGGCAMGCCUAUCAUGGGCAGUUAGCGGAAGCUGGGGCAGGGUGAUAUCAGGAUGAGAAGCGGUGUUUCUAUUACUAUAAUGAAAGUAGGAUGAGUUGAGGGCACAGUGGAUAUAUAGUCAACUAGCUACUGAACUAUGCUCCUCCACACUGUGUCCAAGUAUACCGUGUCUGAUGUAUUCAGAGAAAAGAUGCGAGCUGUGAUCUAAAAGACAAAAAAAAGUAUUGUGUGCAUAUUUAGCCAAAGGGUUUCCAGUUGAAUUAUAUCUACAUAAAUAUGUAUCUAACCGCAGAGGGCUCUCCGUCAUUUUAGCGUUUGAAAGGGUGUGAUUUCAUGCUUGCGUAAGUAAAGCUCUAGUMUCCCAUGAAGAGACAAAGGCGAUUAACAAUAAAGAUGGCUACUGGUGGAGGGGGGAUCCUGAUAGUGAAGUUUUGUAUAUAUUUCAUUUUCUCUUUUUUUGAUAUAGCCUUUUUGUUUUUGGUUGUAACUACACCCCUGGCAAAAAAAAUGCAUUCUCAUUUUGCGUUUCAGCAUUUGGCCAAUUCUCUAUGCUCGUGUGUUUUUGUAGUUUUCUUUUAAUCURUUUCCAAUUUGAUACCAAUCAAGUCAUCCUGGGGGACGGGAUACUUGCCCUCAUGCAAAUAUGCCUGUUUGAAUUGAAAUGACUUUCAGGGGAAAUGUAUUUAUUUUUAACCCUCACCAUACCAGUUUGAAGUCCCCCAAUUAGCACAUCCACAAUGUGUCUCCAUGAAGGUAUAGUCCAGCUCCUGAGCCCUGACCGUUUCUGUKACUCUUUCUCAAGAACAAAAAUAGGAUGUGAAAGCCAUGCCUGCCUGUUCAAAUUGCUUUAUACAUACCUGUUAUAUAUAUACAUACACACACACACASAGAGAGAGAGAGAUACAUGUAGAUACCUGUCAUUACAUAUUAAAGAUGGAGAACAAAAUGAAAUACUCUUACAGGGUGCUGGAGAAGAAAACAUAUAUAUUUUUGGCAAUUUUAGCUUUUUAUACUUGCAGUUACAAAAUAUGGAAAAAAAAGUUUAAAAAAAUAGUAUGCAGAAAAAGGACGUGGCGAAAAUGCUGUGUUACUUUGGAUAUUAUUGGCUUGGAAAAUAAAAAAUAAAGACCAAAAUAGUCAUACCUAGGAACAUUGCAAGGAUGUAAGUGUUACGAAGAGGGGUUGAGCGAGACACAGAGAAUAUUUUUUAGUUUAAGUUAGAAGAAGUGCCUUAUUGACGGUUGUUUCUUUCUCCAAGUGUUAACAUUCUGUUCAGUAAUAUCCAGCAACAACUAGGAAACUGCAGAGAGGAACGGCUUCUGUAUGCGCUCUGAAGAGUUGAGCAGGGUAGCUCCGUCAUUAUUGCUGAGCUACUGAAGUUAUUCUAUGCAAAAAGAAUAGCAGUCGUAUGACCAGCUAAAAUAUGUGCCAUGGUUCGUCUUCCCAAAGUAUAAGUUCAGUUUUUUUGUUUUAUUUUUUUAAAUCUUUGGCCCUUUUCUCUGCCAUCGGAACACGUUUCAUUUCUUAUUUCUCUGCGUUUUGAUUUAACGUGUUAUCCUUGUCUUGUUUUCUGGUAACUGUGCUUAUUCUACAAAGAACAAACUGCCAAUAGCAAUGCAGAAGUCUGCCAGGACAUUAGGAACAUUUAUGAAUAAAUUGAAUAUAAAAUGAGAUUAAGAGGGGAAAAGCUGUUUGCAUGUAUACCUCUGUUUCAAAAUCUGCAAACUGAAAACAUCCACUCUAACAAUGCUUUCUCACUACAGUUGGGGAAUGUAGCCAACCCGUUUUAUAAUCGACCUAAAGACCCGAGAGGGUUUUCCCAGAUGCAGUUCGGAGCUCUUCAGAUUGGGAGGGGGGGGGCUGGAUGACAUGUAUUGAUUUCUAUGUUAGUCAAUAUGUAGCCAUUCUGAAAGUGAUCGACAUACAGCUGGACGAUAUAGCAGAGACUAGAAAAACUCCUUGCCUCCCUACAGCUAAAAUGAUGAGGCCGUCUGCACUCUUAAGGUCCUUACUACUGAGUAGUGUUGGUUCCAGGUGUGAAUACUGGAAGAGGUGAAAACCCGCACAUGGUAGAACAAACGAUUACAUCCAAAACUGAGGCUUGAAUGCGAAAUAUAGAUGGUUAUUAGAAUAUCAUGCCCCAAAAAUCAUAGUGRGAGAAAGUGCAUAAAUUAAAGGUGAAAACAAAAGUUUUGUCCUUAGGUCAUCUCACACAACUUCACAGCCAAGCAGUUUGCACUUAUUGAAACAAAAGGGGUAUAUCUAAUCAAAGAAAAAAAAUACUAUAAAAAAUCUAUUGAGACAUGAAUUAUAAAGUAUUUUACCUUCCCUGGCAGUCUGAUACUAUUUAUUUUUCUCAUACAUGCUUUACACAGAAAAGGUCAAUUUGUUUUCAGUGUUUAUGAAUUAUUCUUAAUUUAAAAAAUAAAAUAAAAAAUAAUACUUUUUUAGAAAUGCAAUAUUAACAUGGAGCAAGAUAUGACAAGCAUUUUGACAGUAUUAWGAAAUAUUCCCUCAUACAAUGGCACAGCGUGUUGUAACAUUGCAAAGGUUGGUUUAGUUCAUCAGGUAUAUGGUGAAAGCUACCGUAUUCUCUGGCCUGCCUAGUACGAUGUAUGAUAAUGUAAUUUACAGCCAUUGUUAAAGGUUUAUAAUGUAUUUUUCUAAUCUCAUUUUAUAUGUAUAUUAUAAAAUCCUUUUUCUGACUUUUUUUGUUGUUGUUGAUGAAGCCCACUGCAACMUGUUUUUGAACCCCCACCCCUUUCUUGAAAUCUGUCCCUCAUUAGGAGUGUUUCCUUUCCUAGAGUUAGAUUUAGUUUUCUUGCCAACUCCUAGCUUGUUUAACUCAUUAGCGACUUUUCGUUUCUUGUCAUAAGUAUUUUUACAUGCUUGCUUUUUAGUUUUCAUGGUGUGUGCUGUUAUAUUUCUUAUUAACCCCUUGGCAUUUAUUUUAAUAAAACAUUCUUAGUAAGAAUUUUA